AUGAAUACGACUAAACUCAUUUGCUGGAACUACAGGGGCAUCUCCUCGCGAGACACCUCUUCCCGGGUUUUUCGGAUCAUUCAAUCCCAUAAACCAGCUGUGGUUUGUCUUGUUGAAACCAGAGCCGACUCUGACCGGUUAGAUCGCUUUUGUAGGAAGAUCCCCAAGACUUGGGAUUGGGCCGCCGUGCUUGCCAACGGCUUUUCCGGCGGCAUCAUUGUCAUGUGGCAUAAAUCCAUUGGCAGGGUUUCUCCUAUCGCUGUGUCCAGACGUGCCUUACAUAUUAUUAUUACUGAUAACUCCUCCAAUGCCUUCCUUAUCUCCGUUGUAUAUAACUCGUAUCGCAUUUGUAAUCAGUGUUACCUUUGGAAUGAGCUCUCGAGGAUCACCCUUCUUCAAAUCCCUUGGCUUAUUGUGGGAGACUUCAAUUCGGUGCUCCACACGACUGAGCAUAAGGGAGGCCCUGCAAACUACUAUGAGCGGAAAACCCGUUUUUUCCUCGACUUUGUGGAGUAUAACAAUUUGAUUGAUCUUAACUAUACAGGUCCAGCUUUCACUUGGUGUAACAAUCAGUCUGGGCUAGCUCGGCGCUGGGCUCGUCUCGACAGAUGCCUUAUUAAUCUUGCUUGGGCCGAUUUUUUCAAAUCAAACACAUUAAAGCAUCUCAACCGCGCUUUCUCUGAUCACGCUCCUCUUUUUCUUCUCUCCUCUCUGUCUACCUCGCCUCCUAAAAAAAUUUUCCGUUUUGAUAAUAGUUGGUUUGAUCUUAUAGGUUGCCAUAAUGCCGUUCGGGAUGCCUGGGGUUUGUCGCCGCAUGGGAAUCCUAUGCAAGCCUUCACGCAUCUCUUGUCUCGAACCCGUUACAAUCUUUGUGGUUGGCGUUAUUCCGGAUUUAACAAGGUUGAAUCUGCUCUCAUUAAUCUUGACAAUGAUAUCAAUAAUCUGGAAAACUCUGACUUCAAUACCAUAUCUCAAUUCCUCCUCAUGGAUCGCUACGCUAACCUCUCUGCCUUGCAGCGUCAGUGUAGUGUCAAGUGGGCUCAGCGUGCCCGUUUACAGUGGAUUAACGAUGGGGAUAAGAAUACCAGUUUCUUCCAUGCCCUUACCCAUAUUCGUGCAUAUACUAAUUGUAUCUCGCAAGUCGUGGAUUCCUCUGGAAACACGUGUAACAAGCUCCCACACAUUGAACAAGCCUUUCUUCAUUACUAUAAGAAUCUCUGGACCACUCCGAAUAAUACUUCUGUUGAUAUUCUUGGCGCCCUUCCCACCGCCCUGCCAUGUCUAUCUGCUUCAGAGUCGGACAUGCUGUGUCGGGAAGUUUCUAAAGAUGAAGUGUAUCGUACCAUCGCGCGCCUCCCCGCAGUAAGUCUCCUGGUCCUGAUGGGUUCAACUCGGAAUUUUACUUGA